UCUUUUGCCAAUUUACAAGAGUACAACAUCAAAAAUUAUGAUAUACAAAUGCUGCAUCAGGAGGACGUGGCGUUUUGCGAGGUUUUAGACAAACAUUGAGGAACAAAUCUAAAUGGCAAAGAGUUAAUCUAAUUAUUAGCGGUCGGCGCAUAUGUGGCAAAAACUAUAAAUACGUAGCAUUCCGCUGCUAGGUAUACUAUACACAAUAGUGUUAAUUUAUUGAGAAUUUGUUUUUCGGAGUAGAAGUAUCGUUAACAUCUUCAACAAAUACAUUAUUAACGGUUAUUAGAUACUUUUACUGAUAAGAAUUAAUGUAAAGUAACGGUACGGGUGAUGUACUAUUGCCAGAGAGCGGUGUGUUACCCGCUCGCAUUGCAUGUACAUAAACUAAUCAGUGAAGCAUAUAAUUUUGAAGCUACCGAAGUAUAUAGCCCACUUAAUGGCAGUAUCGUCAAAAUACACAAAGACGGGAGAAGUUGAGGGAGAUUUUGGAACACAAAUCACAAAAUUAUAUUGCUGAUUUCUAUAAGGUUAUAUAUAAUAUAAUUCAACAAAACGUACUGGAGGAGGUACAGUACAGGAAAAAAGUUAUAACUAUCUAAUCGAGCAGCCUAAAUAUUAUUUAUCCAGUAAUCGUUUAUUGAAGUAACUAAGCUCUAACGAAGAAAUGUGCAAAGCUCCCGUAAACUAUUGACCAAACAAUAAAUGAAGUGGACAUACUGAACGAAAUUUAAAUUUGAAUUUUAUGCAUUGCCAACUGACUCAGAAAAAAUUCCCACCUAUUUCGCAUAAAAAUGCGUUCACGCAAGAUCCUGAUUAUAGCUGGUUUUCUAACAACCUGGACUUUUAUAACAUAUUAUUUUUUAAUACGAAAUAGUACCAUAUACCCCUUAAAGGAUCAUUUGCUCAUCCAAAAAUUAAGUAAAUUGGAACGAGAAUCUCGAAUAGAAAACAUAGAAAACAGUAAACUAGUAGGGCAGCUAAUAGGAAUUUUAAAGAAAAAAAUGACUAUAGAUGAUGUAGUAGAGGAACCACAGCCAUACAAGGAGAAAAAGGAACGCCCUAUAGACAUAGUUCCUUUGCGACCGGAUCAUGCCUUGAGCGUAGAAGAAACGCAGCGAAUAAAAACUGAUGCCGAUACAAUACCAGAAGAUGAUGUAGGAGUUAGCGGAAAAGGUCCUCCCAUAGCAAUACCCACAAUGACCCAUAUGGCUAAUGGCGAACCAGUUAUACCAAUAUUGGUGAUAGCUUGUAAUCGUGUUUCCAUACGAAAAUGUCUUGACAAUUUAGUACAAUAUCGACCAAAUGCUGAUCAGUUUCCAAUUAUAGUAUCACAGGAUUGUAAUGACCAGCAAACAAAGAAAACAAUUCUAAGUUAUGGGUCACAGGUCACAUUGAUUGAACAACCCGACCAAUCUGAUAUUUUAACGCCACCACGUGAAAAGAAAUUUAAAGGAUAUUACAAAAUAGCCCGUCAUUAUGGUUGGGCAUUGAACACAACAUUCCAAAGAGGCUACGAAUAUGUCGUUAUUGUAGAGGACGAUUUAAAUGUGGCUCCUGAUUUUUAUGAAUACUUUUUGGGUACACAUGUUUUACUUAAACAAGAUUCGUCACUCUGGUGUGUGUCAGCAUGGAACGACAAUGGUAAAGAUAAAUUUGUAGACAACACCAAGCCUGAGUUGUUAUAUAGAACCGAUUUUUUCCCGGGACUUGGAUGGAUGCUCACUAAAAAUCUAUGGCAAGAACUAUCUGUUAAAUGGCCAAAAUCCUUUUGGGAUGAUUGGAUUAGGCAUCCGGAGCAGCGAAAAGAAAGAGCUUGCAUCAGACCAGAAAUAUCGCGAACAAGAACGUUCGGAAAAAUCGGGGUUUCGAAUGGUUUAUUUUUCGACAAAUACCUUAAAUAUAUUAAACUUAGUGAACAUUUUGUAAAUUUUUCUAAAAUGAAUCUCACCUAUUUAUUAAGAGAAAACUACGAUCGUGUAUUUCUGAAUGACGUUUAUUCUUACCCUAUCGUAACAUAUGACGAAUUACGCAGAAGUCUCAUUAAAACUGAUGGACCAGUUCGAAUACAAUAUACAACUAGAGAGCAAUAUAAACAUAUAACAUCAAUUUUAGGACUGAUGGGCGACUUCAAGAGUGGUGUUCCGAGGACGGCUUAUCACGGUAUUGUUUCGUUCUUUUACCAAAAACGUCGUGUAUACUUGGCCCCAAGCGCUAAUUGGAAGGGCUACGAUCUCUCAUGGAGCUAACAGAAUAUUGUACAUAUUUUGAACUUGGGCUAAGUAGCAACAUUUGGUUAUUUGAGAGCCAAUAUUUUUAGUAUAUAAUACCAUGAUUGGCGAAAAGAAGUACCACAUAUUAUAUUGAAGGAAAAUUUGUUUGCGUACAUAUUUUUAUGGGCUUAACUUCUAUAAUUGAAAGUUUAUUGUAAAUUUAUUACCAAUAGCCGCAACCAAAAACUAAAUUAAGUUAGCUGCGUGAAUGUAAAUUUAGAAGUUGUUGUAUUUAUUUAUAUAUUAAUGAAGCUAGAACUAUACACAUAAAGAUAUUGAAGAUAUGUAAUAUAAACACCCUAUUUACACACUAUGACUUUUGUAAGCGUAAGCAAAACGCUGUAAAUUCCUGUGGGAAGUAUUUUCUAUCAUUCGGUUACAUUAGUUAAUUCUAUUUAAUGUGCUCUCUAGCAAAUAGCUUAUGUAAACAUUGCUAUUUGUUCAAUUUUGUGUGAUUGACCUUUAUGAUAUACAUAUAUACUUAUGUACAUAGAUAAUAAGUUUGCCAAUAUAAAAAAUAAGAUUUUCUGUUAAAUACAUGCGCAUUUGUAUCGUUUCCUAUUUACCAAGUAAAGAACUGUUGUGAUUUGUGUA